AUGUUUGUGACACUCGAGAACGUUCCGUUGAUCCUUGUCGGUCUGGCCGUAGCUUAUUACCUGGUGCCGUACGUGCAGAAGUCGCACCUGCGCGACAUCCCCUCGGCUGGGUACUCCGCCUUCACCAAUGUUUGGCUAUUGCUGCAAGCGCGUCGGGGUCAAAAGUACCUGACGAUCGACGAGGCCCACAAGAAAUAUGGAAAGCUCGUUCGCAUUUCACCUACCCAGGUCUCUAUUGCCGAUGACGAGGCUAUCCAGAGCGUCUAUGGACACGGCAAUGGUUUCUUGAAAGCGAACUUCUACGAUGCCUUUGUCUCUAUUCGCCGUGGCUUGUUCAAUACUCGUGACCGUGCCGAGCACUCCCGCAAGCGCAAGACCGUUUCCCACACUUUCAGUGCCAAGUCCAUUGGCCAAUUCGAGCAGUAUAUCCACGGCAACAUCGAAGAGUUCGUGAAGCAAUGGAACCGUCUCUCUGAUCUCCAGGGUAACCCCAAAACCGGCUAUGUCAGUCUGGAUGCCCUCAACUGGUUCAACUACCUCGCUUUUGAUAUCAUCGGUGACCUGGCUUUCGGCGCUCCCUUUGGCAUGCUCGAGAAGGGCAAGGAUAUUGCCGAAAUGCGUCUGGACCCCAAGGACCCUCCCAAGUAUGUCGCCGCCGUUGAAGUUCUGAACCGUCGAGGCGAGGUCUCCGCCACCCUGGGUUGCAUGCCAUCUCUCAUCCCCUUCGCUAAGUACAUCCCGGACCGCUUCUUCUCUGAAGGUUUGGAAGCCGUCGAGAACCUUGCUGGUAUUGCCAUCGCUCGUGUCAGCGAGCGUCUCAAGCCGGAGAUUAUGGCCAACAACACCCGUGUGGAUCUUCUCGCCCGCCUCAUGGAAGGCAAGGACGGAAACGGUAACCAACUCGAACGCGCCGAAUUGACUGCCGAGGCCCUCACCCAACUGAUCGCCGGCUCCGACACCACCUCCAACACUGCCUGUGCUAUCCUAUACUGGUGCAUGACGACCCCUCACGUUCUACCCAAGCUGCACAAGACUCUGGAUGAAGCCCUUCCCAAGGACAUUGAAGUUCCCACUCACGCUAUGGUCAAGGAAAUCCCCUACCUCCAAUGGGUAAUCUGGGAAACAAUGCGCAUCCACAGCACCUCCUCAAUGGGUCUUCCCCGCGAGAUCCCAGCCGGUUCCGCCCCCGUCGUAAUCUGCGGCCACACCUUCCAAGCCGGCGACGUUCUCUCCGUCCCCAGCUACACGAUCCAUCGCUCAAAGGAGAUCUGGGGUGCCGACGCCGAAAAAUUCGUCCCCGAGCGCUGGAGUCCCGAACGUCUCACCGCCCGCCAAAAGGCCGCAUUUAUCCCCUUCAGCCACGGUUCCCGCGCAUGUGUCGGUCGCAACGUCGCCGAGAUGGAAUUGCUCGUUAUCUGCGCUACUGUAUUCCGUCUCUUCGAGUUCGAGAUGCACCAGGACGGACCUAUGGAGACCCGUGAGGGAUUCCUGCGCAAGCCGCUCGCUUUGCAGGUUGGUAUGCGUCGUCGUCGGGUUUGA